AUGGAUAAGAAAUUUAACGAAUUGAUAGCAUAUGAUAGUUUAGAAGACUUUUCUGAUACAGAUAGUAAGAAGUUUAACAAUAUUACAAAUAUGGUGAAUAUGGCAAAUACAGUAGAUGCAACAGAUGCAGUGAAUGUGACAAAUAUGAUAGAUGUGACAGAUAUAGUAAAUAUAAUAGAUGCGUUAGAACUAUUUAUUAGUAAAACUUUUCAAAAUUGGAACUAUGUAGUAAAAUUCAUGAAGAAAUAUGCUGCUUCUAAAGGCCAUGGAGUACAAAUAGGUAGUGGCAGCAAGGAUGCCUAUGGAAAGUCAACAUUUGGAUUAAAAAAAGAAAUUACAACUUAUUUUCCUAUUCGAGUGAAGCAAACAAUUAAAGCAACGCUUAACAAUUGUGAAUUUAUUAUUACAGUAGUUGUUGGCAAUAAAGAUAAUAAUAUCUUUUUACUGGAUUAUAUGUGUCAAUGUAAUGAAAUUAUAGGAAUUUCAAAUGAUCUGAUUAAUGCUAUUUCUGAAGUUUAUUCAAAAAUCUUUGUAAUGAAAACUCACUAUUCUGGAUAUUCAACGAAUAUGGAUUGGCAUUGUGCUGGACUGGAAUAUAAAUUUUCACUUCUUCAUAAAUUUGGAGAUAAACAGGCAUUGUUUGUUUCUAAAAUCAAAGAAACUUUAUAUACUGUUGAAAUUUAUCAAGAUCAAAAACUUCAAACUACAUAU